AUGGAGUUUGCGGAAGGAGGAGAUUUAGCUUCCUAUACGGCUACAGGCGGAAUUCCACUUGACGGAGUUCGAUUCUAUUCCGCCUGCAUGGUUCUUGGCCUGCAAUUUCUCCACCGGCACAACAUCGCCCAUAGGGAUAUAAAAGUAGCCAAUGUGCUGUUAUGCAGCGAUGGAUACGCCCAAAUUACCGACUUUGGGCUUUGCAAAGAAGGAAUGACGUUUGACAGGACAGCCUCAUAUUUAUGUGGAACCCUACCCUAUUUGGCCCCAGAAGUCAUCAGGGCCAAAUACACAAGGACGGCCGACUGGUGGUCACUUGGAGUGACCAUCUUCAAGCUGCUUACCGGAACCGUACCGUUUUAUGGGGCAAAUCAACACGAGGUUCUAAAACGAAUAUGUUACGAGGAGCCGAAAUAUCCUGAGGAUAUAACAGAGGAGACUCGUAGCCUAUUGGUAAAUCUCCUAAAGAAAGAUCCAGCCCAGCGCCUUGGGGCAGGAGAACAUGGGGCCGAGGACGUGAAGAAGAGCCCAUUCUUUCAGGGAUUAGACUGGGAGGCCCUUGAGAAGAAAGAACUCGAGCCGCCAUUUAUCCCUGGAGGAAGAACACACAGCCAACCUGAAGAAAGCCUUAAAUUGAUGGCAAAGGUUGACGCAAAAGUGUGGGAAGAAACCGAAUGGGCAUUAGUGGAGCUGAACUACCCUUUCAGUUCAGCUUCAGAAAUAUAAGAAGUGUUCCUCGGAAUGAAUGGAUGAAUCAGAAUCUUCAUAGAUGUAGACAGAGAGACUGUUGGGCAGGAAGUCAAGUCAGUCAAGCGUUUAUUUGCCCAACAGGGGUGGAGGAGGGUUCAAAAACAUGGCUUAAAGUUACAAAAGCAUGAUCGUCAGCAGCAACCUGUAAGGACUUGUCUAUAUUGGUCAGAUCUCUGAAGUGAAGACCAAUGUGCGCAUUGCAGCAGAAAGUCCGGGGUCCAAAAGGGCGUCGGUGAAGACCAAUGUUAGCGGGGGUUCACCUGUUCUAAAAGAGUCUGAUCCUACAGAAACAUCACCCAGAAGAUGAUUGGUGCAAAGCGACAUGAGGAAGGGUGAGACUGUUGGGCAAGAUGGCAAGUCAGUCAAGCAUCUAUUUGCCCAACAGGGGUGGA